AGAAAAAGUAUUCUCCGACAGUCCCAUACCCCCUCCCGUCCUAAUUCCUCGAUCCAUAAAGGAUGAGGAGGACGACCAAUAUUAUGAUCCUUGUUGUCGGAGUCUGCUAUGCUGAUGAAUAUUGGAGUGAAGACUAUGAUUCAGGGAAGAAUUGCAAAGAUGAAAAUUUGAUUGUAGAGAUAAAUAAAAACGCAGAACCAGGGUUUUGUGAGGCAGAAUUAGGCAAACUUAAUGAUACAAAGGUGUUCCAAAGCUGUAAACUUAAGCUUUCAAGAACGCUUGCGGGCAGAUGCCAAUCAACUGCAAUAGAUAAGCCUGGAACACUACUGUACUGUGAGAAUCAGAAAUGGACGAUCUGUUGUUCUCACGACUACAAAUGUGUAAAAGACUGGCUGUCAAUCAGUGACAACUUUUCCACAACUGCUGCAACAUAUCUCAAAAAUAAGGACAAAUGGUUGGAGGGGGAGAAAAGUAAGGGCUAUGAAACCUGCCACGCCUUAUAUUCAAGUAUGUACACUGCAAACACGACAAACAAGAAUUUGCAAAGUUUGGAUCCAAGUAUUUGUUAGGUUUGGAUACAAGUA